CCGCCGUCGCUCUCUAAUGCCUGCGCCGCCUCCAGCUCGCCGAGCUCCAGCCGAAGGAGAAGGGGGGUAAGUAAAGAGGUCUCUAUACCAUGGCUGGUACAAAGCAGACUGCCCGCAAAUCCACUGGUGGUAAAGCACCGAGGAAGCAACUGGCUACCAAAGGGGCUCGCAAGAGUGCGCCCUCUACUGGAGGGGUGAAGAAACGUCAUCGUUACAGGCUUGGUACGGUGGCACUUCAUGAAAUGAGACGUUAUCAGAAGUCCACUGAACUUCUUAGCCCCAAACUUCCCUUCCACUGUCUGGUGCGAGAAAUUGCUCAGGACUUCAAAACAGAUCUGCACUUCCAGAGUGCAGCUACUGGUGCUUUGCAGGAGGCAAGUGAGGCCUAUCUGGUUGGCCUUUCUGAAGACACCAACCUGUGUGCUAUCCAUGCCAAACGUGUAACAAUUAUGCCAAAAGACAUCCAGCUAGCACGCUGCAUACGUGGAGAACGUUUCCAUUACGUGUGCUCUCGACUACUUGCAGGAGCAGCGUUGGAACAACAGAAAAGUGACUUAAAUUACAGCGACAGUCGUCCCUGCCACUCGCGCUUCGACUUCCGCGGCUUCCCUGUAUCACGGUUUUUUCAAAUAUGUUCAUUAAAAAGUCGAUCGAGACAGUGA